AUGGAGUCCGACAUCGCACAUGAUCUCGACAAGUUGAACAUUCGCGAUAUUCUCAACGCAGACUCUCGGCCAACGUUUAUUAUCGAUCUAGAUCCUGACGAUGAGACACCGCUGCGCUCAAAGGCUAUCCAGCCUGUGUUUUGCAACAGUGCGCUCGCGACUCAUGAACGACUAUUAGAUGCCGUGCGCGGCGAGCAGAGCGAGAGUGAGUAUGGGGAGUUCAAGACAUGGGCUACAGGGAUUACGAAACAGGAUGAUUCGAAGGAUGUGUUUCCCUUAUUCUUUUUGUUCAAGGGCUUGCUUUGGACGGGGUCGACGGUUGGCAAGAGAUGGAGGUUGAUUAGUGGGAAUCGACUUUGGCAGCAUCCUGAUACGCCGGCGAGUUUAUCGUCGAGUGCGCUCUCAAGAGCGAAUACGCCGAGUUUGAAAGACGAGGAUACCCCCAAGGGCGAGGUUUCGAAAACACCGAAACAGGAGCCUGAGACGAAGGACGAGACCGUCGAAGAUACGACGCAUGAGAUGACGCCAACGGAAGCAACGCUGAUAGCAUCUACGCCUCGAAAAUUCCCGUUCCGAUCUUGGUGGCGGGGCAGUACCUCCAAAGGAAGUUCGGAUCGUAACACGGGCAGCUCAAGCAGCGGCUCCAUCAUCCUAGGCAAACCCGAAAAAGCCGUCGCAGACUGGACAGUCACGAACCCCAAAGGUCUCCUAUCACCGUACAUCCGCCUCCUCCGCGCCAUAGACUGGUCCUCCACACCCCUAGGCCCCAUGUCCUCAUGGUCCCCCGAACUACGCCAAGUAGCCAAUCUUGUGAUCAACAAUCCUCACCCUGCGAAUAUCUUCUGGGGCAGCGACAUGACGAUGCUCUAUAAUGAAGCGUACGCUGUUGCAUUCGCUGGGAACAAACAUCCGUCCAUGCUCGGCACUGGAGCGUCGGGGCCUUGGUCUGAAGCUUGGGAUGUUCUUGGACCGGCGCUGCAAGAGGUUGUGAGGACUGGUGUGAGCUUUAGAAGCGAUAAUAAUGACCUGGCAUUGUUUAGGAGGGGGUUCUUGGAGGAGACGCAUAUUUGCUGGUCGCUUACGCCGUUGUAUGGUGGGACGGAGAGGAUUGUGGGCUUUUACAAUGCGCCGUUUGAGACGACGGACUUGGUGUUGAGUCAGAGACGAAUGGGGACUAUCAACAAAGUCAGUGAGUCUUUGAGGAAGGCGACGAGUAUCAAGAGUUUCUGGAAGUCGGUGUUGGAUGGUCUUGAGGAUAACCACCGAGAUGUCCCGUUUGCACUGCUGUACUCUGUCGGCGAGGCUGAAGAAGCAGAUCAUCAGUCCAGUUCAUCUGGGAGCACCAUAUCAAGCAAGUCAUGUUAUUUGGAGGGAACGAUUGGGAUACCGGUUGGACAUGAUGCUGCGCCACAGCAGAUUGAUCUCAAGAGGAGUUAUCAGGGAUUUGUGCCUUCGUUUCGAGAGGCGAUGCGGACGAGGGAGCCAACGCUUGUGAGGAUACGAGAUGGAACGUUGCCUGAGGAUCUUUUACAGGGGAUUCAGUGGCGAGGAUUUGGGGAGGCUGGUACAGAGGCGAUUAUCUUCCCGGUUCGACCUACGAAUGGCGAUACGGUGCUGGCGUUUCUCGUGCUGGGUGUCAACCCUCGAAGACCAUAUGAUGAGGGGUAUAUUUCCUUCGCAACACUUCUCAACAACCAACUCGCGACGUCGCUAGCAUCGACGAUACUAUUUGAAGACGAGACACGACGGGGCCGCGAUGCAGCAGAAGCAGCAGCCCUUGAGAAAGAGGAACUCACGCAGCAGUUGGACCUGCAAGCAAGCCGUCUUCGAAGAAUGACAGAGCUUUCACCAUUGGGAAUGUUUCUGGCCAGUCCAGAGGGUAUUCUCCGCGAAGCAAAUGACCGUUUCUACGAAAUGACGGGUCAUAGUCGGGAUACCCAGGGUGAUGUGUCAUGGGCUGAUCUCAUGAAGAAUUCUGGUAGUAUCAUGGAAGAAGGAUGGCAUCGUUUAACGCAGGAUCAGCUCCCCUGGUCAGGAGAAGUUAAACUCCGAGAAAGUUUAGAAAACCCCGUCAACAUCCACGGCGAACCCAUCGACUUCUGGGUCCUCGUCACAGCGCAUCCCGAAAUCACCCCCAGCGGAACUUUGCGCUCCAUCAUGGGUUCCAUAACGGAUAUAUCCCAUCUCAAGUGGGCACAAGGUUUGCAGAACAGAAGAUUACAAGAAGCAGAGGAAACACGACGCCAGCAGAAUGAAUUCAUCGACAUAACAUCCCACGAGAUGCGCAACCCCCUGAGUGCCAUUCUUCAGUGCGCAGAUGACAUCACCUCCGCGAUGCAAGCAUGCCGCACCAACGGAAUCGCAGCGUCGCAGGAUGUUAUUGAAUCAUGCCUCGAUGCAUCACAAACAAUAGCGCUUUGCGUUCAGCACCAGAGGUCAAUAGUAGACGAUAUCCUGACCGUUUCAAAACUCGAUUCUAAUCUUUUGCUCAUCACACCGGUGGUGUGUCAACCGCAAGCUAUCGUUGAGAGAGUUGUCAAGAUGUUUGAGUCAGAGAUGCUGGCGAAGGACAUCACGCUUGAGAUUGACAUCGGUUCUGAGUUUGAGAAGCUAGCUGUUGAUUGGGUCGCUAUGGAUCCGAGUCGUGUUCUCCAGAUCCUUAUUAAUCUCAUGACCAAUGCUAUCAAAUUCACGGCGACUUCUGCAACACGCGUGAUAAAGGUCGCUGUUGGAGUGUCGAAGGAUCUACCGGAGAUUAAUAACAUUCCUGGCUUUGCGUUUGCGCCUACGAGGGGUGAGAUUGGGAGUGUUGUUGGAUCUGAUGAAUGGGGUUCUGGAGAGGGUCUAUACGUGAGGUAUAGAGUGCAGGACACAGGCUGUGGAUUGACAGAUGACGAGAAAAAGCGGCUGUUUCAGAGAUUCAAGCAAGCGAGCCCACGGACACACUACAAAUACGGCGGUAGUGGCCUUGGGCUGUUUAUAUCGAAACGACUGGCAGAGCUACAUGGCGGUCGAAUCGGCGUUGCGUCUACCUCCGGCAAAGGCAGUGAUUUCGGUUUCUACAUCCAAGCUCGACGAUGUUUACCUCCCCACGAGCAAAGUUCACCUCAGCCAAGCCCCUCCGAAACACCAUCCACUACAGAUCCUUCCAAGAACACCGUUCACCUCUUAUCCCCCAGGCCCUCCGCCCGAACCCGUCGCGAGAGCAUCCUCGCCGCCGUCUUCACCCCCAGCUCGCUCACAGUGCACGUCGUCGAAGACAACCUCAUCAACCAAAAAGUACUAGUAAACCAACUUCGCAAAGCAGGCUGCACUGUAAGUGCAACUAAUGACGGGCUUGAAGCGUUGGAGUUUCUCAAAAAGACACAUUUCUUUAAAGCUGGGGGAUCAGAUUUGUCUGUUGUUUUGAUGGACUUGGAGAUGCCGAAUAUGGAUGGGUAUCAGUGUGUAAGGGAGAUUAGGAGGUUGGAGAGGGAGGGGGAGAUUGCGGAGCAUGUUCCUGUUAUUGCGGUUACGGCGAAUGUGAGGGAUGAACAGAUUAGGAUGGCGUUGGAUAGUGGUAUGGAUGAUCUUGUUUCAAAGCCGUUUAGGAUUCCGGAGGUCAUGAGUAAGAUUGAAGGGUUGUUGAAGAAGUGUAAUGGGUAA